CUAUACACUAUAUGCUGACUUAGCAAGUAACUCUAGAUAUAAAGCCGCAGCGUUACGAGCCAUGCGGGCGCUCGCCUUGGCGCUCCUGGCGCUGGCUUUGAUUGCGCAGCAAGCAAAUGCCAAGGUCGCUCGUGGCGAGUUCAUCAGCUGUCCCGGCUGACGCCUGAACCACCUGCCGGAGGUUAAGAAGUUCAUUCGAGGGGACAUCGAGAAGGAUAAGGCCUACGAGAACCUCACAGUGAACUUCUACACACAAGCUGCUUGCUACCGGCUAAGCUUCUGUGAUGGCUCAUAUCGUCCCCGGCAGGACCCCUGAGCUCGUGCUCUACGAUGAGAAUGGCGUGGAGAUUGAGCGUAUGUUCGUGGACAAGCUCAAGUACGACGAGCUCCACACGUUAGUGCAGAGCAAGGGCUUCAAGCGGAGAGACCCCAACGCUGCAGCGGCAACCACCACCGCUACCGCAUCCACACGGCGUGCGCGCGCGGCUCGUCGCCUUCUCAGGGCGACAGAGGAGACCGCUUGCUAGCAGCAUCAGCAAGCUAGCAUCUGUAGGUGCAGACGUGGGUCGCCUUCAGUACCGUGGGUGGCCCCGUAGCCGCGUUCCCGCAAGCCUCGUCGUGCCGCGUUGGCCUUAUGACGGCCGGGGCGUCCGAACUGCAGCCGCAGAGGACCCCGAAAGCCUGACCCCUGGCACAUAUGUGCAUGAGGCGGAGAGCUUGCAACGAGGGGGCGCAGCUUAAGGAGUUGCCCACACAGACAUUCUGACGGUGGACUGGGAUGGGACUUGGAUGACUGACGAUGCAGAUUAGGUCGUCGACGACUUAUUGUGGGCUCAGAACGAGCAGAACAGUGCCAUAGGCUUGCGGAAGACCGUGCGCGGUCAAAUGCGCGGCCAAAUGCACUUAUGACCUGUCCCGGCGUCUGGUAGAAUGGGUACCGGGACCAGGACAUGUCAGCUUGACCCAGGUAGGGAGUAUAUGUGCCCGAGCACAGUUAGCAUUCUAUAAGGUAGCAUGGUUGUCUCAGGGCGUUCAGGACGAGUAGGACAGGGAUGCAGUUGCUGGCGCGGUACGGUAUUCUGAAGAAUUCUCCCGGGUCUCAGGCUGAGUGGCUCAGUGAGUUGCGCAAGUAGUUGCGUAGAUCUGGUGCUGGCGCGGGCAUUCUUACUGGUACCGUACGAUCUCGGUAAUGUACAAGCGUUGGCUAUAAUCUCUCAACGAGCCGGGUAGGCCCUGGCUGCAAUCUGCUGGCCAUUGAUUGACAUGAGCUGCCCAGCCGUCCUGGUCGGGGCGAGAUGCCCUCUUCUGUAGUGACAGUCUACUGGAAAGGGGCGUUAGAAACCGGACAUCAUUGUAAGUUACAAUGCAAUCCGC